UUUGCGGCUCACAGAAAGGCGGAUCCCUCCCUGCCACUUUGCCUUUCAGAACUUCUGUUGAACCAUUUUUUUUUACCUGUCACUCCUCGGCCAGUCGCUAAAUCCAACAAUAACAAAAAAACCGGCAUUUUUGAGUUUUAAAGGGGCUCAGUUGUCAUUCGAGUUGUCCGACAGCGACGACGGAAGAGUUUUCCAGCUAGCUAACUUUUAACGCAACUAGCAUUUAACUUGUGAACUACCCCUGCAGCACAACAGGGAAGGAGCAGCACCGGAGCAGACACAGGAAGAUGGGAGAUAAAGAGCUGAUGUGGGCACUGAAGACCGGGGACCUGGACGAGGUCAAAGCCAAGCUGGUAACGGCGGAAGAUGCAAACCGGACCCUGGAAGGUGGGAGAAAGCCUUUGCAUUACGCCGCAGACUUUGGUCAAACAGAUAUGGUGGAGUUCCUCAUUUCUAAGGGAGCAGAUGUCAAUGCUCCAGACAAACAUGGGCUCACUCCACUGAUCUCAGCCUGUUUUGAGGGUCACCUCCCUUGUGUUAAGGUCCUGCUAGAAAAGGGAGCUGACAAAGACCGGAAAGGACCGGACGGCAUUAGUGCCUUUGAAGCUGCCGAGAGUGAUGCCAUAAAGGCUCUGCUCAAGUGAGACACCACGGUGUUGGAGAUGGCUGGACAGGUGGGUGAACGGGCACACAGAUGGAUGCAGUGGUCCCCUGACAGAAGACGGACUCACCCCCCUUUCACCCUAAACAACCUCUGUCUUAACACUGCUUUUGUCUGUUUGUUAAAGGUUCAUUUAGUCUGUCUGGUGAUUUUCCUUUACCUUGUAAUUUUUUAUUUUAUUUUUUUCUUCUCCCCAAGUUUUUGGGAUAGGAUUUUUCUCUUCUUUUUUUGGCCUCUGUUUGUAGCCAUUUAACAGAAGAACUUGUCAAUUAUGUCUCCCUUAGGGACCAAACACUGGGGGAGUGCUUUUGAACCCGGAACAUAAAAAAAAAACAACAAAAAAACACUGCUCAGACUAGAAUUCAGACUGUAAUGAAACAAAUGGCAAAGCUUAGCACUUAAAUACACAUCUCUCUCUUUUGCAGUUGUCUCUUUAAACUCUACAUAAAUCAAACGGUAAUAGAUCAGUAGCGUGUUAAUAUUUUUACAACUUCAGUGUAAGUAUCGUAUGGCCAGUGCUUAAUCUCAUGACCAGUAACUGCACUGUUCUAUACCAGAUAGAUUGAAAAGAAUGGUUGUAAAGUUUCAUUAUAUUAACCUCUUUAUUAUGUGUGGCCUCCUCCUCUACUUUGAUUUCUUUCUUUUCUUUUUAAAUAGACCAAACUGUCCCUCAAAUCCAAUCUUGAAAUUUUGAAAGCGUUGGGUGAGAGAGGUCCGGAGGUUCCUUUUCUACUUGGCCCUGUAUCACUUACAUAUCAAAUGGUGUUUUUUGACAAAUUUUACAUUAUUAAUGCACACAAGGCAUUCUGUAUUCUUUGACCAAUCACCAUGCUGGCUAACUAGAAAGACUUGAAUGUUGCAAUUUAAAAAAAAAAAAAAAUCAAUCCGUUACUGAAUCCCUUUUGAAGAGAUGUUAACCGCACAUAAUAGCAUUAGGGAUUUUAGAAAUUAGUUUAUUUCGUCGCCCCUGGAGUGAGAUUUCGAAGCAUUUCAGAGCAAAAACUUCCUUUUUCGUUGCAGCUUCUCUGUGUAUUUUGUAACUGAUGGGCUCUAGUGUUCGUAAAAGAUGGGUUAGAGGUGAAACGCGACGGUGGGGGGGCUGUUAGUAUUCCCCCCCCUGCCUUGGAUUCGGUUAGAAGCCCCGCCUGUUUUUGCUGCAUGUCAAAACUGCCUCUGCUUUUAUGUUAUGAAAUGGUCACUGUCCUCUCUUGGUUGCUUUCAAAUGAAUUACUACAAUGUAAUGGACAAAAAAAAAACAAACAAAAAAAAAGACGCUCUUGCUGACUUUGUUGUGACAAAAGUCUGUAAAAACAGAAAUAAAAAAUAUCUAUAAAAACA